AAAUUACAUCAUCUGAUAUAGAUAAAUCUAAGCUGGAAACCGCCUCAGAUGAUUUGAGCGCAUAUUACCGAAAAGUUGCUAGAGAAUAUGGGAUUCCACUCUCUAGAUUGAUUUUAUUAACUAAUUACAAAUAUGCGAAGCAUAGAGUCCCCGACUCAUAUAAUAGCCAUAGAAUGCCUUAUAGUGCCCGUUCACCUCUUUGUGAAUAUGCUUUUUAUUUAUCUGUUAAUAAUUUUCGCCAUGUUGAGGAUCCUGCA